AUGAGGGCAGACACGGUCGCAUUCCUCGUUUGGAGCGGACUUGGUCCAAACUCGAGGCAGCCGCGUGCGUCGUCGUCGAGGUCACUGCUACGUCUGCAAGCAGGUGCCGCUAGCCACGAAAACGAGCCGCCUGUUGGUAGUCGCGAGCAGAAGCAGUCGGCUUCUUUGAAGUACGAGGCUGCAAAAGAGUUACCAGCGGGCGCGAAUGAAAACGCGUCCCCGCCCGCGAACCAUAAAAUCACGCCGACGAACGGGGUAUCGCCGAGAAUCUCUCUACAAGAGCUCACGGGGCGUACUGGUAGGCUACUGCGAUCCCAACGUAACGGGAGCGCCGGCGGAGCACCAGCGGCUUGCUGGGACCAGGGCGCCGCCAAGGUGCCGAGUGCACCAGCAGCAGCGGCGUGGCUCGCAAAGCGUCGCGCCAUCUUACAGGAACCUGUCUCGGUUUCCGCGCUGGUCGAAGAUGUCAUCCCGGGGGGAGUCAGGCACAACGGCACGAAUCAGGUCCGAAACCAUGCUAUGGACGAGAACGCGGCCUCUCGAGCCAACUGCAGCCAGCAUGAAGCCCCGACCGCUGCCGCAGCGUAUCGCGAGUCGCUUAGCGGGAGUGUCGUUGUCCAGAACUCACCGUUCCGCGAAGUAGUGGUCAUCUUUGGAAAGCGUCUCGUGCGUGACCAGAUAACCUACGAAUACGCUGUGCGUAUUCUAACGCUCGUCCGGCACAUGGUUACAGGACGUAUCAAACCUUCAGCAGUAUGCUUUACCGGCGGCCGGGAUCAUCCCGAUAGUUUGGUCAGCGAAGCCGUUGCCGGAUACCUGUUCUUUCGCCAUGUGUGCGAAGAAUUUAGCAUCAGCCUCGAUUCAGUAGCGAUUAUCCUAGAGGAACAGCAUCUGAACGCGCGAGAUUGCAUGUCGUCGAUACUUACCCAACUCGGGGAGCAACUCGUAGGCUCCCAUUUUACCUUUGUGAGCAGCGACUACCACUUGAUACGUAUUCGAGAGGUAGAGGCGGCAGCUCCGAACUUGUCGCUUUUGGCACCACUGCGCAAACUGCGCGGCACCGUGUCGUAUGCAUACACGACGUACCCGUUCGCGCUCUCGAAGAACGCAGCAGUAGCACUUGCUGGUCGGGCAAUCGUCAUCGCCGCUGAGCUGGGUAUCAUGAUCGUGGCACUGCGCUCGUACAUCGAGGAACGCGGCCUCUUCCAACGCGAUGUAUUCCGCCGCUUCCAGGAGGCCACCAUCGAACUGGGAAAUCUGUGCGAGAAAUGCAGUGCAGCCCUGCAGGUACAGAUCCCAACAGCGUCAUCGACGACGGAUGAUAUUGUAUUCACUCAAGAUAUCCGCCUGGUAGGAGAGGUGAUCGAAAGUGCUUACUUUGAAUUGCGCCAGGUUAUCCGUGUGCUGGAGCAGUGGGUUUUGGAGAAAAGUCCGCUAAGCCGCAUGGAGCUACAGAAUAUUUUGCAACAGAUCACAAUAGUUGAGCAGAGAAUUAGGAGCUCCCUCGAUCCAGACCGGCCGCUAACGGCAAUGGAAUGGAAUCACCUGCCUCUGGUGUUCCUAGCACCAGUCCUUGGACCAGGAUUCGAGCAACACAGUUUAUCAGGGGAUCCUGGAACGCAACCUUGGAUUCCUACAUCACCAGCAGGAGCAACCCCAGCACCAACGACGGCGACGGUGACAAGCUCAGUGCAUGGAUCCACCAUUGCACCCGCAACGGCAGCGUACGCGACAUCACGAACCGAAUCGGCGCUCUCGUCUGCACCAGCCGCCAAUCGAAACGCAACGACAACGGACUCGUCAUGGGAAUCCUCGUCGUUCGUAUCGCCUUCGUCGUCGAUGACGACGUCCGCGGCGGUGGCAGCGGAACAUGCAGCAGCAGCAGCAGCGUGGCAUCUUCGGAAACCGUCCGCGUCGCCCCUGAACGGUGCUGGUGCUCGACUGCGCCACUUUGCGUCGAUCGUCGCUGAAGCUUCGCAAGCCAUCUUUCACGAAGUGCUUCGACCUGAAAACCACGAGGAAAAGGCACGACGUAUUUCCGAGGAAAAUCGACGACGGCGACGACAGGCUGCCGCUGAGUCGGGUCCCGGUCUGUCACCCGCGAAACUGCGUGCGCACCGCGAGUCCCACGCUGCAUCCGGCACUGCGAAUAGACGAAGUGCUCGUACGACUGCUGCAUCAAGGCCUGCGAACGGGCACGUACCCAACGGAACCAGCGCAUACCAUGAGCCUAAGCCGCCUGCUUCCGGUCGGGAAACGGACGCAGACACAACAACGUCGGACCGUUUCACGGACAAGCGCACGGCAACCUAG